CUUUGAUUCUAUAAAAACUCUGUUUUUUUUUUUUUUUUUCAGAAUUUUACUAAAAAUAAAACAAAACCAUUACUUAAAAUGGAAAUCCCAUUGCCUUUGGAUAAGCUAUCUCUACCAUCAAUAACCAAUGAGGAUAAGAUUUAUGUAGUUUUAGUAGCUACUGGAAGCUUCAAUCCUCCUACUUUGAUGCACUUACGCAUGUUUGAGCUGGCCAGAGAUGCGAUGAAUUCAAAUGGGUUUUAUGUUAUAGGAGGCUAUAUGUCACCUGUAAAUGAUGCAUACAAGAAAAAGGGUCUUAUAGCUGCUGAACAUCGUAUCGAGUUGUGUAAUCUAGCCUGCAAAAGUUCUGAAUUUAUCAUGGUUGAUCCUUGGGAGGCAAAUCAAAACUCUUUUCAGCGCACUGUAGCUGUUCUGUCUCGAGUCAAGAGCUUCUUGGUCGAGGGUGGACUGAUAGCCGAGGAAUCCCUUCGAGUCAUGCUUGUUUGUGGUUCUGAUUUGCUUCAAUCCUUCAGCAUUCCUGGCUUUUGGAUCCCUGAGCAAGUUAGAACCAUAUGCAAAGAUUAUGGCGUGGUUUGCAUUUGCAGAGAAGGACAAAAUGUGGAAAAAAUCGUCAGUGAUGAUAAAAUUUUGAAAGAACAUAGGGAUAACAUUAAAAUCGUCGAUGAACUUGUGCCGAACCAAAUCAGUUCAACUAGAGUGAGGGAAUGCAUUUCAAGAGGAUUGUCUAUAAAAUAUUUGACUGUGGAUCAAGUGAUUGAUUAUAUCAGAAAACAGAAUCUAUACUUGAACCCAGAUGAGAAAUGACUAUUGACUAUCCGAUCAUAUUAAUAUUUUUUUAAUUCUUAUCUGUAAAAAACCAUUGUUGAUUAGAGAAGCAUUCAUUACAAUCGAUGGAGUAAUUUGUUUUCAUUUGUAUAAUAUGUGAGCUAUGGAUUUAACAUACUCUAUCAAUG